GGGCUCGUCGCACAGAUCAAUAGCUUACUAGACAAGGUUGGGGAGGAGAGCUCUCAUACAACGAUAUUUCCUGUAAUUUGUUGAUUUGAGACGGUGUUUCAUGUCGGUAUUGCUUAUUCUCUAGGACCUACCCACUAUUUUGAAGGUAAAUAGUAAGGAGUGGGGGCGGCGUGAGGCAGGAGGAGCAGGAUGUGGGCGUGGCAGGUGUGGGCGUGGUGUGUGGCGGGCGUGGUGACCUGGGCUGCCGCCACGCCUACCUGGCAGUCGUGCAAGGCUGAGUGCGACUCUCACUUCUCCAGAAACGAUCUCCUCCAGUCUGCGUUAUCGCGAAUGUGUGAGCGUGGGUGUGACCUGUUCACCGUGGCCCUCAUCGCCACCCCCCAGCGGACCCGGGUGCUGCAUCUUGGUCCAGUCCACCUGCCCCCAAGGACCCCUGCCCCGCCCCGCAGCCCGCCCCAUGACCUAGUGGUGAGAGUGGAGAAGAAGAACCCAAUAGAACAGAUUGGUGAGCGCCAUCACCAUCACCACCACCACCUCCACCACGCUCCCGACAGGAACCUUCGGGUAAUCUCUCCGGUCCAAACCAGGACCCCUCACCACAAGACACGCCAGACAACCACUCAGCCUGCAGACCACCCGGUCCAAGACCACCCGGCCCAGGCAGACCAUCAAGCCACUACCACUCAUCCGGGUCAAGGCCAGGCUGGACACUCCGCAAGCCAAGCCACUACUACUCAAACAUCAAACACACACUCGCCCGCCACCACGGCCGAGGCACCAGCAGUCAAGGAUGAGAGGCAUGAGCUCAGUGAUGAGGGGCACGAGACCAACGCCAUCAUCAUCUUGGGUAAAGACAGCCUGCAUCAGGAGGGUGAUACCGGUGAAGAGCUUCCACAUAUGACACCAGAGGAGUUCCAGGCAGCGAGGGCAGGAGAAGACGUGGAACGACUGCAACAGGCUAAGGAUUCUUGCAGGCAUGCGUGUGUGACGGCGUACCACCUGGAGGAGGAGCAGAAAGCGUGCGUGGUGGGGUGCCACUACCAGGCCAUCACAGCCGCCACACACCCGCCUCGGGCCAGGAUGCCAGACGUGGUCAGAAACCCCCUCGCCAUGUUCCAGCACGUCAUGUUCAACCUGGCGGGUCGCGUGGGCCGGCUGGUGCGAGUAACGUGGGCCUGGACCACUGGCAGCCAGCGGGAUGCUCCCCACAAAGAGCACCACCAGAAAAUACAAGAAACGGUGUCUCAUUUAGCGUUGCCACAUGGCGUCUCCCCAGUACACAGCCCAGAACACAAGUACCGGAGCGGCCGGGUCUACUACUCGGAGCUCUUAGGCCACUAUACCAUCGGCGUCAGCGAGGACGUGCCUCUGGCUGACCCCAGCCUCGUCCACCACCACGACCAUGAGUGUCGUCAUCGCCACCAGCAGCAGCAGCCACAGCAGUCCCAACAGCAGCAGCUUUCUCAACACACCCAGCAGCAACAACAACAGAACCAACAGCAGCAGGUGCAGCAGCAGCAACAGCAGCAACAACAGCAGCAACAGCUGGAUUUACUAGAAUGUAUUUCACGCAAGUCUGGACUGCCGCGGUGGUUCAUCGCUGUCACCAUCUUCACCUCAGCGCUGGUGAUCCUCUGGUUGUGCUUCACCCUCACAGCCCCACCCGAUGAUAUCAAGGUCGUCAAGACCAAGCCUCCGGAGCUGGAGCUGGAGGAGGACGAUGAGGACUUCGAGGAUGACGACCUGCCGUGCUCCGAGAAGAAGCAGCUCCUGGCUCAAGCCGACGACGUCAUCAAGAUCAGGAUCGAGAACGUGUAGGGGCUACAAUCAUCCCUCAUCCUUCCUCCCUACUAUCUAAAUAAAAAAAAUUGAUUGGGCAAUCAUCUCGAGUUGUAAGGUUAACAGGCACUAAGUAUAUUUAGUGCACACGUGUGUAAAAAAGCUAGGCUACAAAAACAAGUGAUUCCCAAUCUAUGCCAAAGAAAUUACAAAGAAGUCAAAUAGUGCAUCUGUUUAGGUAAA